UAUAUAAGCCACUGAAGUCGACAGAUUACUACUGUAUAUAUAUAUAUAUAUAUAAUAUAUAAGUUCCGAGAAAGAAAGAUGCCGGAAUAUUGCGUAACUGGUGGAACUGGGUUCAUAGCAGCUUAUCUAGUGAAGUCUUUGCUAGAUAAAGGUCAUAUUGUAAGAGCAACAGUCAGAGAUCCAGAGGAUGAUGGAAAGGUUGGGUUUCUUAAAGAGUUCAAUGGAGCCAAAGAGAGGUUAAAGAUUAUGAAAACUGAUUUGAUGAUUGAAGGGAGUUUUGAUGAGGCUAUUCAUGGCGUCGAUGGUGUUUUCCAUACUGCAUCACCGGUGCUCGUUCCUUAUGAUAAUAAUGUUCAGGCAACUUUGAUUGAUCCAUGCAUUAAGGGCACAUUGAAUGUGCUAAAUUCCUGUACCAAAUCAACUAGUGUCAAAAGAGUUGUGCUUACUUCUUCCUGUUCUUCAAUAAGAUACCGGUACGAUGUCCAACAAGUAUCUCCCCUAAACGAGUCACAUUGGAGCGAUCCAGAGUACUGCAAACGCUACAAUCUGUGGUACGCAUAUGCAAAGACUAUAGGUGAGAAGGAGGCUUGGAGAGUAGCAGAGGAAAGAGGGAUUGAUCUAGUUGUGGUGAACCCAUCUUUUGUUGUUGGCCCUUUGCUUGCUCCACAACCCACUAGUACCCUGCUGCUUAUACUGGCCAUAGUUAAAGGUUUGCGAGGCGAAUAUCCAAACACGACAGUGGGAUUUGUGCACAUAGAUGAUGUGGUUGCUGCUCACGUUUUGGCGAUGGAAAAUAGCAGAGCAUCAGGCAGGCUAGUAUGCUCAAGUUCAGUAGCUCAUUGGUCAGAAAUAAUUGAGAUGCUCAAGGUCAAAUAUCCCUCUUAUCCACAUGAGAACAAGUGUAGUAGCCAGGAAGGAGACAGCAACCCGCAUAGCAUGGACACAAGCAAGAUUGCUCAGUUGGGGUUCCCUCCUUUGAAAACAGUAGAACAUAUGUUUGAUGAUUGCAUCAAGAGUUUUCAGGAAAAGGGGUUACUUUAAAACCAGGAAAAAAGAAAAGAAAAUAAAAUAUAUGUAAUGUCGAGAAGCUUCAUCAUGUUCAUCCCAAGAUAGGAUUUAUAUCUCAAUGAUGUUAACAAAAGACUUUGUUUGAUGUCUCCAAUUGAGAAUUUAUUUUCUAUCCA